GUCAUACUAAUUGCAUUUCUUUUUGGGAGGGGGCGUUAACUUGCGCAUUAAUGACUGUAACUAACUAAAACACCAACCUAAAGCCCGGAAAUGGACUCCACUGCCACUCGCACGCUGCCUUUUGUGUAUAACUACAAAAACCAUGAAGGCCAAGACUGCGAAUCUCGGCUGGACAUCACUUUUCCCUUCGACCAAGAGAAUCUGGAGGAGUGCGUGACCCAGUUGAUGGCUCCUUCCCAGAUGGAUCCAAUGAUGCGGUAUCUGGACGAGAACAUCAAUCUGGAAAAGCAGCUGCAGGAGUUCGUGGACACGGAGCAACAAAAGUUUCUGGAUGACCAUGCUGAAAAGCUGCUCAAUCAGGUGGCCAACGAGGAACUGGACAUCGAGGCCAUUGUGCGGGAGACCGAGAAGCUGUACAAGGAGGAACUGCUCCAGUUUGCCGAUCGCCUUGGUCCCAGUGAUGCGGAUAUAUUCGCCCAAAGUUUCCACCGACUGGUACACUCCUCCUCCCUGGAGGAGAUCCUCAAGCGGGAGCGAACCUAUGCCAAGAUAGUGGCCGACAUGACAGAGCACAUGGACAGCGAGGUGGAAACUCUGAAUAACUCGCAGCAGCAGGAGAUGGACAGCCAGAUCAAUCAGUUGGACAUCACCACCACCUCUGAGGAUAUCAACAAUCUGCUGGCCCAGCAGUACACCACACAGAACUUCGUGCGCAAGCGUUACGAAUCGGAGCUGGAGGCGAUGAUGGGUCAUCAGAAGAACGAGUACCGGGAUUGGAUCACCAGCCAAGUCAGUCAGAUGUUCCAGGUAUCGCCGGUGGCCACGCCGCUGGGCAAUCGCUCCUCGAUGUUCGUCUCGCAACAGCCUUCGAUGGAGGAGAGCUUCACCAUUCAUCUGGGCUCCCAGCUAAAGCACAUGCACAAUAUACGCAUCCUCAGCGCCAAUGUCACGGAGCUCUGUAGUCCAUUGCACGCCGAGGAGAGUCUCAAUGGUCUGAACAUGGCUCUGGGACUCUACUCAAGUUCCCUGUGUGGCGUCGUCGUGUUGACCCCUUCGAUUCAGGCUCAGGCCAACAAGAAUAUCAUCAAGAAUGCGAACAAAUCCACCGAAUUUCACUUUGAGCAAAUCGAUGUUCAGCUGGAGAAGAUCGAAAAGCAGAUUAAGAAUCUAAGCACUGGGGACUCUAGUGGCAGCAGUAAUAGCAACAGUAGUGCCGAGGGCAGUGCCACAUCCUCGCCGACCAAAAAGGGCGUACCCAGACUGAAAACGGGUGACUUCUUUAUCACCAAGCACUCGAAUCUCUCGCAAACACAUGUAAUUUUCCACCUUAUCUCGGACGAACCCAUCAAUAGUCCCAGCGAGAUCAACUCGCGGCAUCCGGUGAUUUUGGGCCUGAGGAACAUACUGAAGACGGCCAGCAGGCAUGAUAUAACCACACUGACCAUUCCGGCACUGCUGCGCCAUGAGAUGAGCGAGGACAUGACUGUCCAGUGGUGCAUCCGCAGAGCAGAGCUGGUCUUCAAGUGUGCCAAGGGAUUUAUGAUAGAAUCUGCCUCUUGGGGAGGAGCUGAACUGAGCACCUUGCAAUUGCUACUGCCUGAUGACAUAUCGGAGAGCUUGUUCACCACUCUGGCGGGAAUGGUGCCCAGUGUUUUCCAUGUGGCCAAUCCCAAGAUACUUGUGGACACCAGCAAGUAGUCAGCAAACACAUUCCUCAAAGAAAGACUUUAAAAUUAUUUGUAUGAAUAUACAAUUUAUUCGGAUUCAGAGUUAUAUAUGUAUGUAUAUGCUUCGUUAUUCGUCGCUUCGCUCAAAAAGUUGUUAUUUUUUAACUUCAACACACUCAGAAUUUUCUGUAAAUGUUCCUGUAUCAAUUUUUGUCAAUAAUUCAUCGCAACCUUUUUCAAAACUACUACACUACGAUGUAUAAGUACAUAUUCUCAUAUAUUUAGUUAUAUGUUAGGUAUAGGUAUCAUGUGUAUAUUACUUCCAAAUGUAAAUGUUUAUCUUUGGUUUCGACCCUUCAUGCAUUUUUCGUGUAGUGUGUAUCUCUGCGGAUUGUAUUUUAGUCUGUUCGGUUAUCUAUUAUGAUUAUAAUAAUGAUACUUUGAAUAACUCUGAUCAUUAACUUGUAAAUAUGCUUUUGAAAUAUAUAUUUAUGUAUAUCUAAACAA